AUGCUAGAUUUGAGCAAGCGAUCCUUUUGGCAUUUCACAUUGAAAGAUAUAUUAAUUAUUAUAUCUUCAGUUGCUAUACCCAUAGCUCUUGCUAUUUAUACUUCAAUUGGCUCUCAACAACAAAAACAACAAGCUGAGAAAAAACAAAAGUUUGAUUUGGAACAAUCAACACAAUUAAGACAACAAACACUUUAUGAUGAGUUUUUAAAUAAUAUCUAUAAAUUAGAUAAAGAUGGUUAUCUCAAUGACACAAAAAAUCCAUGGGCAUUUGCAAAUGCAUAUUAUCGUGCUGCUCAUCGUCAAUGGGACACAAUACGUAAAGCAGAUGUUAUACAAUUUCUUAAAGAAAAACAACUAAUUGGCAGAAAUAAUUGUACUAAUGGAUGUAGAACAACAAAAUUAGAUGAUAUAAUUCGUUUAAAUGAAUUAAAUUUUGAUAAGGUACAUCUAGCAAGUGAAACUGGUAUAUUAAACAAGUUGAAUUUACAAUGUGUUUCUUUUGAUAAAGUAUCAAUGUCAAAUGCAAUAUUUUCAUUUGCUAGUUUGAAUGGUGCAUCAUUUGAUGGAGGACGAUUAGAGAAUGUGAAGUUUGAUGGUUCAUCUUUACUUUGUGCUAGUUUCAAUGGUGUAUAUCUGUCGGGAGUAGAUUUUGGAAAUUCAGAUCUGACAGGUGCGCAGUUUUUAAAUAGUGAUUUGUCUGGAGCUAAAAUAACAGAAGAUCAAAUAAAACAGGCAUAUUUUCAUAAUGUAACUAUGCCAAACGAAAAGAAGAGUGAAAUUACAUCCUCAACGACAACAAAAGAAACUAUAACAAAAACAACAACAAUAAUAAAAACAAAAAUGUCGACAGCAUCAUUAUCAUCAUCAACCUCAACAAUAUCCACUACAUCAUCCACAACAACUUCAGCAUCGUCGACAACAUCAUCAACAACAACAACAACAACAUCAACACCAACAACACCGUCAACAACAACAUCAACGUCAACAACAACGUCAACGUCAACAACAACGUCAACAACAACAUCAACAACAACGUCAACGUCAACAACAACAACAGCAGGAAAUCCAUGUUAG